AAGCUCCACAUUUCUCAUCUUCAUCACUCUGCUCAACUCCACAGUUCACACAAAAAAAAAGCCGAAAAUAUGGGAAGCAGAUUGGGAAGACGAGUGGUCCACUUCGCGAACCUCCCAAUCAAGCUGUUGAUGCCAAGUAACUUCAACAACAUCACAGAAAUCGCUAUCAAAACCAUCCCUUCCGCCUCGAAGAUCGAAAUCAAGCGCGUCCUCGAGUCCCUCUACGGCUUCGAGGUCGACAAGGUCAGCACUCUCAACAUGGAAGGCAAGAAGAAGAAGCGCGGCGGCCUGUUGGUCGCCAAACCGGACUACAAAAAGGCGUACAUCACUCUCAGAAGCCCUCUCUCCAUCUCCCCGGACCUCUACCCGAUUCGGAUCCUCGAGGAGGCGAAGCAGCGCAUGAACAAGCAGACCAAGUCGAGCGUGGUCGAGGACGGCGAAGGGAAGCACCACUGGCUCGUCGAUGAUAAGCCUAGGGUUGCCGAGAAGAAAAACGAAAGAUUCGGCGUUCGUGAUCGAGAUCGAGAACGCCGUCGCGGCGGCGGAGGAGGCGGAGGCGGCGGCGGUGAAGUGGCGAAGUUUCCGUGGAGCAGUAUGAGGUCUCCUGUUACUUCUGCGAGGAGCCCAUGGAGAUAGAGCUUCACAGGAUUUUAGAACAGUAAUGGUAUCUUUCCAUGAGCAAAGGACUACAAAUGUGAGGAAAGCUUCAGUCUUGCUGAUGAGAUUGCCAUCUUCAAAUUCUUCAGUCAUCUCCAGAAAUUCUGACGCACAUCUUAUUGAAGCUAUGUUAUUGGGGUUUAAGUCCAGUGGGAGACCAUAACAGAAUUUUAAAAUGAUUUCAAAUGUUUCUGAUCCCCCUGGGAAGUUUUCAAGAUUGAUGUUGUACCCAUAAUUUGAGAUUGAAGGCUGAAGUUCCAAUUGGCCUAUGUAGCCACAUUUUGACACCAAGGGAUACUGUUUCAGGAGAAUUGAGUUAUGAAAUGAGUGAAUACUUCUGGUUAUUUAUCUUACCCCCUAUAUUCAUCUUUAA